ACUACAAUACUCUAGGUACGUCCUCUUUAAAGCAGUUUUAUAUGUCAGCUAAUUCUACUAUACAUAAUCAUUUGGCAUUCUUUAUUGCUAAUAAGCAUUUAUCAUGUUACUAUUUAGAGUGAUCUUGGAUGUAAGCCGAAUCGAAUCAAUAAUGACCAGAUUAAUUAAAAGGACGUCAUAUGACAGCGAAUCCUAUAAUUCUCAGGAAUACAACAGCCGAUCUUUUGAAUUGGAACUGUCUAGAGUAUUCCAAAGACCAAGCCUUAAAUAUUCCAUCACAAUUAGCCACUAAAUCGCAUACAUGACACCUCUUUCACCCAGAGACACUCCUGGGCAAUCACAG